GAAUCACCGCGUCGCGAAAAAAAACAUGGCGGCUUAGUGUGUCCAUGGAGUCCGCUACUUUCCGCCCGUCGUCGAUCAAAGAAAGCUCAUUUCCCCCAACAAACGACACACUCCUGAUCAGGGCGAAAUGUUCCGCCGGGCGAGAUUCAGUGUCCGGCCCAAUGUCGGCGCGACGGGUAAAACGCCUCAGGAAGCCCCGUCGGCAACUCCGGAGGCCGGCGAGACCCCCAAAGACGUUGGCGAGGGCGGCGCCGCAGUGACGGACCACCAGUCUGUCGGGACCUCGUCGGAAAGACCUACAGCCUCGGGGGAUGGCAUUGAGCAACACGGAGAAGGUACCGGCUCCUCGGCGGCGGUCCAAAGAAGGAAGCGGUUUUCCGUCAAGCCCAAAGUGGCGCCGGGCCGCCCCUCCACAGUCGCUCGGAUGCAGAAAUCCCACGUCCAGGCCGCCUCUGAAACUCCCGACGAAGUCCCCGUCUCGGACCAAACCCGGACCGCGGUCGCCCCUCAGAGACUCCAGUCCCCGAGGAGACGGAGGCCUUCGGAAGACGGCAAGCAGCCCAAAGCGAGCCCCGUCCCACCGGGCGGUUCAGAGCCUUCGGCCGACGACCCUGCGGCGAAUCUGCCGGCGGCGAGCGGCGAGGCGUCGGAAAGCGCGUCGGGCGGUCAAGAGAAAGGAGCUCCUUCCAGGCCACCGGACGACGUCCCGCUCUCGCUGCCAGACAAAGAAGCCAUGGAGAUAUCGGAGAAAGCCAGGACGCUGGUGUCGUCCAAGAGCGGUCGCGCUCGCUCGCCGCCGGCGUUCUCCUUGAGCCGACUCCUGAACGACCCGUCGGACCUGCAGAGGCUUGCGAAGGCCCAAAAACUCAGAGAGCUGCUCAGACGGGAGAUGCAUAAAGAAAAGAAGCUCAAGAAGGGAAACCUGCGUGUCCAGGAAUUUAACUUGGAUCCGGCCAAAAUGACCAUGAGUGACCUGAUCCGCUAUCUACCGCAGUCUAACCCCAUGACAUCGAGUUUAGAAGAAGCGGCUCAAGAGAACGAGACUGUGGUCCCACCGACUCCAAGAAGAGAAGCGUCACCAGAGAGGGCGCCGGAACCUGUGGUCCUCCCUAAGAUGGGAAGCCCCGGGGCGGGGGAAGGGGGGGAUGAAGAAGAGGAGGAGGAAGAGGAGGAGGAAGACAGCUCGAUGGUUCCUCAGGUCAAAGUAGCCGAGGAUGGCACGCUGAUCAUUGAUGAAGAGAGCUUGACGGUGGAGGUCCUGCGAGCCAAAGGCCCAAAUCCAGCUCAGGACCGAGACCCCAUAUUCGAGCGUGGAUCCACCACGACUUACGCGAGCUUCAGGAAGGGGACCUACACGAAACCCUGGUCCAACGAAGAGACGGACAUGUUCUUCCUGGCCAUCAGCAUGGUGGGGACCGACUUCUCCAUGAUCUGUCAGCUGUUUGCUCUCCGAACGCGCUCAGAGAUAAAGAACAAAUUUAAAAAAGAAGAGCGAGAGAAUUCCUGGCGGGUCGACAAAGCUUUCCGAGAACGGCGCAAACUGGACAUUGAAUAUUUUUCUAAGUUGCUGGAGAAGAUUAUGGAAGUUCACAAAAACAGGAAGAAACUCCGGUCACUCGCCGCGAAGAAUUCCCCCAAGAAGACCGAGAGAAAGCCAAAGGCGGCCACAAAAGCCCGGAAGCCGAGUGUCGUGGAGGAGGGAGACGAGAAAGAGGAGAAGCAAAUUGCCGACUUGGAGGAGGAGGGAGAGAAGGAGAACGAGGACCUCCGUAACGAAGGAGGAGCCGACGCCGCGAAGAAGAAGAAGCGUAAAAGAAAGAACCGAGACGACGCCCCGACGGGGGAACCCGACGACAAGAAGAACAAAAAGAAACAAGAUGAGGCCGACGUACCUGCAGACACUGAGGCAGACUGUCCACCAUCAGACAUGACGGAGAGCGCGAAUGAAGCCGCGGACGCCAAAAUCAAGCCGGCUAAACUCUCACGAGGCAAAGCCCCGAAACCCCUCGUGCCUUUGGGCCGGAAGCGGGCUAAAAAGCCCCCGCCGGCCUCCACCGAGACCACCGCCACGGAUAAAGAGGACCAGGGCGUCAUGGACGGAGAUGAUGAAGACCAGGUCAAGAGUCAAGCUGAUGGGAGGAAGUCGCCCACGGAGGACUCUGAAGAGGAGGAUGCCGCCCUUCAGCCUCAGAGGCCUACCAGGUCUGGGAGAGUGCCGAAACCCAUCCAGCUCCUGAACUACCCCGCCAGAGAGGCUGCACCCGAAGCGAGCCCUGCCUCCCCCGAGGGGUCCGCCAGGCCUAAAGCCAAAAGCACCGCCAAGAGGCGGAGACCGUCGAAGCUGCCGUCAUCCCAAGAGUCCAAAAAACCUAAACUGGUCACGCUCAGGGCUUCUCAGUCCGAAUACAGCGACGAGGAGGAUGAAAAGCAGCGAGGAGGAGGAGGAGGAGGAGGAGGAGGAGAAUAUGAAGAUGAAGAUGUGGAGGAGGACGAGCACCCUGUGUGGGGCUCCAGGAACGACAGCACGGCCCCCGUCUUUGUGCCGGCCAGCCUGCGCUCGCCGCGACCCGUGAUCCCAGAAGUGGAGGAGACUGUGGAGGAGCUUGAUAUCUUGGCCAAUAUCCCUGAUGUGUUGGGCAUCUCCCAUGAUGCACUGUUCCCCGACGCCUCUUGCGAGCGGGCGCACAGUGAGACGGGCGCAGCCGAGCCCUGUGAACAUCAGUUGGAUCUGCUGGUUGAUGUUAUAGACUUCCUUUCUUCAGACCACAUAGAAGUAUCUGAGAACGAGAACGAGAGCUACAACGAGGCGGCUCAAACCCUGCUGACCAUCGGUAACCUGGCUCCCCUCCCUCCGUCGGAACAGGACCAAGAAGCCACUCAAGAUGAUGCAACAGCCAAUGUGAAUGAAACCAGCCGGCGCCUGGAAGAAGAGAUCUCAUCGACGCCGGCUGAACUGGAGGAGAGCGGUGCCGUUCCUUCUGACCGCGGAGCAACGGAAACAUCAGGAGCCGUCGUGGAGCUCCUAGACGGUGACGGCGUCUCCCUCGUUGAAGCCAUUGAUCAGAGGACGGGUUUCCAGAUGGACCCCGCCCCUCAAAGUCCAGGGAGCUCAAAGACGAAUUCUCCACAGGCCAAGAAGGGACGCUCCUCCAAGGCGAAGCCAAAACCCAACCUGGGCCCGGCCUCGAGGACCGCUCGGUCCCAACCGGGGCCAUCGGCGGUAAGGGGAUCCGAGGAGAGCCACGCGGUUGCUCCUCGCCUCGCUCCAACCACGGAGACGCCGUCGGCUGCAGAGGACACCCCCAAGAUGGCAGAGUGCAGUAAAAACACGCUAGGAGAUGACAUUUCUUCUAUCGGAGUCGAGCCCACAGAAGAGCCAUCUGGAGGUGAGAAGACGUCUGUUGGUGAAGGACAACCCCUCGAAAAGCAGCCUCAAGGCUCUUCUGAAGCCCAGCUGGAACCCCGUGUGGAGCCGGCCUCCGGAGACUCGGGGUCAACGUCCGGGUCGACAGAGGAAGUGCCGACCGCUGAGAGAAGCUGUAGCAACCAGGUGACGUCUGACACGGCGGUCACAGAAACCCAGUUAGCCCAAGAGAGCAUCGACCAUCCUGCUCCACGUGCUCCACCUGCAGAGGAGGUACCCGUCACUCAGAAAGAAGAGAGUGACGUGGGACCUACUCAGCCGACCAGGAAGAGUCGGUUCCAGAAAGUUAAACCCAAACUCAACUUGGCACAGACAUCCAGGAGUCUGGGUUCUAAAGACUCCCCCCCAACUCCACACCCCAAAGUCCAUGAACACACAACAGAGGUCGAAGCAGAGCCAGCUGUCACCACCUCGAGUUGUUGUCCCGAUGCUGCUUCCGAUUUGAUCCCACUGGUGACUGUAGGGACGACUCUCAGGCCCACAGAAGAAGUAUCCACACCUGAGGAGGAGAAGAGCGACGUUGGAGUCGUUGGUCGAGUAGAACCGGACGCAGAAACACCCCAUCGGAGUGUUCCUGAAGCCCAGUUUCCACCCAGGAGGGAACAGGCCACACGAGACCCAACGCCCACGUCAGAGUCCUCGGCUGAGAGCCGCUGUGAUGACCCACAGCCGACCUCCGACCCGGGAGUCACAGAGUCCCUCCGAGGAGGUUCAGACCUGGACCCGGCUCCCGUCACUCGUGCAGAGGAGCUCCCUGCCGGUCAGAAAGAGGAGAGCGACGCCGCUUCUCCCAGACGUCGGUUACAAAAAGUCAAACCCAAACCCAACCUGCCGCCGACGUCCAGAACCGCGAGGUCUAAACCCCCGACCACCAAGGACUCCGUCGCACCGCCGCAGCCCACGGAGACGCCCUCCAGCCAGACUUCACGGGCCGAAGACACCGAAGACACGAGGGCAGAAGCACGGCUGACUUGCAGCGCCGCCCCUCCGAGCCCAAUUAAAAGUACCAGCGCCUCUUCGGUGUCAUUGUGCUCGACGCAGAGAACCACAGACGAAAGGUCCUCAGAUGUUGGACUAGACUCCAAGGGCUCGGAACAAAAGGUUCCUCCAAGAAGGCAACGCUUUUCCAGGGUCAAACCCAAUUUAGGAUCCCCUAAAAGCCCCAGAACCACACACGCAAAGCUGCAGGCAGAUGACCUCAGCAAACCCCCAGAACCACCGGGCCACGUGGACACCUCUUUCACCUCGGAACCACAGCCGGUGGACGAUAACGAUGCACAGACGAAACGGGAGCUCACGGGGACGGACUCGCCGCGUGCAGAACCUCCAGAGUCCGGCCUCGCCAUAGCGGAGUAUUGGUCUCUGAAUACAGACCCUAAAGGCCUCGCAGUCGAAGGAGGGGACAGAACGGCAAGUACUGAUCAGGUGGAGCACGCACCCGCCUCCCAACGGGACCAGGACCGGUCCACGCGGUCUACCGGGUCAAACACCCGACCGACGGGCGGCCCGAGUGCAGCGUCGGAUGUCCGGUCCUCAGGAGGCGGCUCGACGCCCCCCACCAGAACACAGUCCGCGGCCGGUUCUAAAGAUGAGGUCGAGUGUGAGGCGCAGAGUCCAGAUUCAGUCCAGCAAGGUUCUGAGCCCAAUCACACAGCUGCCCAGAGCAGCGAUCCGUCAGAACCGACCGACUCGCCCUCGAGAAGAGCUCCGCAGGCUCGCAGAGGCCGGCUCGUUAAACCCAAACCCCGUCUGGUUCCCAGCAGCCGACCUCCGCCACCCCGACAGGUCCAGAAUACAAAACGGGCAGAAACAGGUUUUGGCGCAGAAGGCGUGUCCGACCUCAGACCUGACAUCCCAGACCCAACAGAGGGCGCUACUGUACAACACAGAGACCCAAACUCCUCUCCACAUGAUGCUGACGGGUGUCCUCAGGCUGCAGGAGGGACCCAAAGUCUCCCCAUAUUUCCAGACACCUCGGCGCCGUCGUCUCAGGAGCCUUCGGAUCCAGAAGAACCGUUCUUCAUCCUCUCUCUGACGGAGAUCCCCGUCUGCUCGCUGAGCGAGCCGGUGGCCGGCGGGCCUGAACGCCUCCCUCGUGCUCCUGGAGCCAAUGGGCAUCAGAGCGUUCCCGGAGAAGCGCCUGAACGCCUCCCUCGUGCUCCUGGAACCGAUGCGCCGCUUGAGCAUCAGAGCAGCGUUCCUGGAGAAGCGCCUCCUUCUUCUGCCGCUGCGCCCGUGGAGGAGAGCGGCGAGGCGGACCUCGUCUGGGUCUGGGACAUCGAGCCGGCUGCGUCUACGACUCAACCGGGUCGGGCGAUGGAGAAUCCCGUGGAGCCACACGAGACUUCUACAGUCCAUCCACCUGAGACUGAAACCCCUAAAGAACCCGGUGGCCCGACUCGAAGAAGAGUCAAAGAGCCGGUGAAGCCCGAGGCUACGAAGCGGAAGCAGGCCGGCAAGACCCUCGUAGCCAAGGGAGCGGCGUCGACCCCCAUCCAGACGGACGCCGCCGGGCCCUCGGAGCUCCCCGAAGCCUCCGUGGACGUGGUCGGCGAGUCUCGGGGAGGAAGUGGUGAUCGUGUAGAUGUUGAGAAGGAGACUCCGACGGGGGGAGGAGGCGUGCCUGAGGAAAGCGGCGCAGGAGCACGAGCGACCCGGACGAGGGUGACGAGAAGCCAGAACAGAAAACCCAAAGGCUUUACGGAGACCGACGCCCCUCCACCUGGCAAAGCAGCCCCCAAGGGCCCGAGGGUUAGAACUCCACGUGCAGCUGGAAAACGCUUGACCCCGGCGCCCGCGGCCUCGGCAAAGCGGGCGCCGCCAACACACACGCCGAACGCUUCCCCGUGUCCGGCCGAGGCUCCGGCUUCUCAGAGGAGUGACUCCAGAAAGAAGGAGGAGCCUACCUCCAGAGAGGAGGAGGAGGAGCCCACCUCCAGGAAGGAGGAGGCGCCUACCUCCAGAAAGAAGGAAGAGCCCACCUCCAGGAAGGAGGAGGCGCCUACCUCCAGAAAGAAGGAAGAGCCCACCUCCAGAAAGAAGGAAGAGCCCACCUCCAGAAAGAAGGAGGAGCCCACCUCCAGAGAGGAGGAGGAGGAGCCUACCUCCAGAGAGGAGAAAGAGCCCACCUCCAGAAAGGAGGAGGCGCCCACCUCCAGAAAGAAGGAAGAGCCCACCUCCAGAAAGAAGGAAGAGCCCACCUCCAGAAAGAAGGAGGAGCCCACCUCCAGAAAGGAGGAGGAGCCCACCUCCAGAAAGGAUGAGGAGUCCACCUCCAGAAAGGAGGAGGCGCCCACCUCCAGAAAGAAGGAAGAGCCCACCUCCAGAAAGGAUGAGGAGUCCACCUCCAGAAAGGAUGAGGAGUCCACCUCCAGAAAGGAUGAGGAGUCCACCUCCAGAGAGGAGGAGGAGUCCACCUCCAGAGAGGAGGAGGAGUCCACCUCCAGAAAGGAGGAGGAGUCCACCUCCAGAAAGAAGGAAGAGCCCACCUCCAGAAAGGAGGAAGAGCCCACCUCCAGAAAGGAGGAAGAGCCCACCUCCAGAGAGGAGGAGGAGGAGCCCACCAGCGUGUCCCAGUACUUCUUAUGUGACAUUUUUACAGACGUGGAGGAGGGAUGACGGCUGUGGAGACGUGGUUUUUAAAAUGUUUAAGUUAUUUCUUUCCGGAGGUUAAUUCAUGACCAAAAGAUUGCUUUUUGUUGUUGUUAUUUAAGUGAAGCUAAAUUUACUAUACUUUCACAAGCACUUUGAAUAUAUUCAGUAGUUUCAAUUUACUGGAACGCCUCAUUUUCUCUUUUUUCAUAAACACUCUAUGUAAACAUUAAUAACCCAGAAGGAGGUGGCACCAUUUCCCCGAUUUAUUCAUGUUUCAAUCCUCAGAUUCCCUUAUUUGGUUAUUAUACCUGUGAAAAUGUAAAUAUUGUAAAAUAUCAAAUAGGGUUUUUUUUUGGAUCUUUUUUUUAUUUUUCCACAUCUGUUGACGGCAACACCGAACUCAGGAAAACACAACCAGAGGACGUUUGGGUAUUUGUGCUAAUUAGUAAUAAUUCAUUUGAAUCUUUGUAUUUGACACCAAAAAAAACAUAAUGUAUUAAUCUUGCAUGAUUUCUGUCUAAAUGCAUCCCACUCAGAGGAAAGCUAGCUUAACGUGUUUGUACAUCGUGCUGUUCAGUGUUCAGUGUUCAUGUAAAGUUUGAUACUUGAAACCAAAACACACGCGUUCUUCUUCUUAAACGUUCCGUUAAGUUUAUUAAGAAUAACACGUGGAAAUCUGUGAGAUCAGAAUUAAAACGUAUUCUUCCACCAAA